UGUGGUGUGUUUUAAAAAAAUAUCCACACGGAUUUACUAAGCAGCAUCUCUGUAACAUGUGUGAUACACUGAGGGGAUGUGGAGAUCGUGAAGGUUUUAUUAGUACUUGCUGUGGUGGUUGCUGGGUGGAUUUGCACUGCUCGCCCGCAACUCCCUCAGCCCCGGCAGCAGCGGUCACUGUUCAUCAGUAUCUACGUUGCGGCGUGACCCCAUGUGCUUGAUGUUCCCUACCACCCAGAGGUUUAGCCAGCGUGCCACCUCCCUUCCCAGACAUCAACCUCCUGUUUGGAAGAGGGGGUUUGGGAAACUGCUUUUGCUUCUUGGAACUGACCUGAAGGCAAAGAGGGUUUGGGAGGGAACAAGGAUGACAUACCGUUAUUUCUUACUGCCUAGAUUUCUUCUUUCCACAGACAAUGUGCAUCACAGUGUGACAGCUGCUUUUCUGCGUUGAUGUUACGGAGCAAAAGGGUCACCUUUGUCUAACUUCUACGUAUAACGGGGCAGGAAUGACUCCUUGCAAACCCUACUGCAUGCUCAGCUUUGGUUUCACAGAGAAGACCGUGAAGAGAGAUCACCUGUUCAUUGGAUUGUGUGGCUUCAAGCCUGGCUCCGUGUGGCUGGGGAAGGAUGCCUUCAUCUUCACCAGGCUGGAGGGUCUCUCAGCGUGGUGCUGCUUUUCUAGAUGUGCAUGGACUGUGUCCAUGCUGAGACUGAUUAUCCCACUGAUGGUGUUCAACCAGCAAAACAAGAAAAUGAUUGUUACUGAAGACUCUGUGCCUAGCCUGGAUGUCAUCCUGGACCAUACCUUCUUCAACACCAGGGAGGAGCUGCUGGCACAGUUUGAUGCUGUUUCAGGCAAAAAGGGCAUGCACAUCCUCAUCUGGAACUGGGGCUGGGGCGUGAGGUGAGACAGUGGUGCCUUGAGGAUGGGGAGGAGCUAAAAGCAGCGACAGCUUCAAGACAGCACCUGGCUGUGGAGACAUUUUACAUCAAUGAAGGCCAUGAUGCUCUUGAAGGCUUUUGAAUAACAGAAAAAUAAGGGCUUUGAAUAACAGAAAAAUAAGGUAACAACAGACCUUGAAGGUUUGUGAAUAAC